GUUCCAUUUUUGCGAAUCCUGUCUCCAUCCCGGACAGUAGGUGGCGGAACGCAUAUUCCAUCGCGCACAAAAAAAAUAUAUAAUAUAGAAGAAAAAGAUUACCGUUCAAUUUGAGAGAGCGCUCCUCCCUCCGUUUGUGGUUGCUUACGCCGCGUUGAAAUUUGCUGAACACAUCAAAUUAAUAGGGGCGAUCUAGCUGAGAAUUGUUUCUCACUAUUGAGUUUUAUAACGUGAACAUCCUGCGGGUUGUCGGACAACGAAGAUGUCAGAUCCCACCGUGGCUGAUACUCGCCGGUUAAAUUCAAAACCUCAGGACCUGACGGAUGCUUAUGGUCCCCCCAGCAAUUUUCUUGAAAUGGAUGUUUAUGACCCCCAAACUGUUGGAGUCGGGCGGAACCGUUUCACAACGUACGAAGUCCGUAUGCGGACAAACCUGCCGAUUUUUAAGUUGAAGGAUUCUAUUGUGCGAAGAAGAUACAGUGACUUUGAGUGGCUGAAGAAUGAGUUGGAGCGAGACAGUAAGAUUGUAGUGCCUCCCUUGCCUGGGAAGGCACUGAAGAGACAGCUACCUUUCCGUGGGGAUGAAGGCAUUUUUGAAGAUGCUUUCAUUGAAGAGCGGCGUGUGGGUCUUGAGCAGUUCAUCAACAGAAUUGCAGGUCACCCUCUGGCCCAAAACGAGCGCUGUCUUCACAUGUUUUUGCAGGACGAGAGCAUCGACCGCAACUACGUUCCUGGAAAGUAAUGGAAAGACCAUCUGAUCAUGUGACGCAAUUGUUUGGACUCCAGAUCCAGUAAUCCAGAGGCAAGACGCGCCGAACACAGACCUGGACCCGUCUGUUUUAUCACCUCGGCCCGAUUUAAGCAUACCGCACCCUAUCCCCGUCGUGGCCGCAACCACCUUUGACAGCUGCCUCUGUCACUCUCUAAUGCCUUGUACUGUAUACAAAAAGUAUAUUCUGCUAGUUGCCCCAGCAGCAAUGGUGCAUGUCCCUCUGCAGCCCUGUAAUGGGGCUGUUUACUCCAAGAACACUAAAUGGGGGGUGUGACAGGGAAGUCACUGCAUUGUUGGAGAUAUAUAUAAAAAUACAUUAGAAAUAGAGUAUGUUAUCCCAUCUAAGUAUUCAAUCAUAAUGUCUCCGUCCCUUCAUACCCACAGUAACCAACAUUGUUCCUCCAAUUGUAUGUUUCCCAUCUCUGAUGGAUGUCAGUAAAUGAUACCUUCCAAAAGUUAAGCAAAACAACAAUUUUAAAUGGGAGAUUUACUUCCCCUAGUCUUCCUGUAACAUGACAUUCCAUGUUUCUUUGCACUUCAAUAUGCUCUUAGUGUGAUUUUUGUAUUAUGACAUUUUUUUCUGUAACUUUGUUUGCCUUGAGCUCUGCAUAAGUUGUCUUCAGUCUGCUUAUGGAAUGUAAUGUCAGGUAACUGUCAGGUAAUCAAACCACUGUGAAAACAAGGGGCUGAUAAAUAAUCCACACAUUUUUAUUGAUAAAGCUUUCAGCAUCAAGUUAUUGACCCAAAGUAUUCUUUAAAUUCCUUUUUGUCAUGUCUUUUACGCAUUCAUUAUUAUGUACAUUUAAUCAUGCAACUUUCAGUUUUCAUAAAAAAACUGCCUUGUUUGUACUAUCAAUAAAAUCUCUGCCUGCUGUGCCAUGUCCAAAA